GCUCCUCCCCUUCAGUCUUGCACAGGUGUAGUGGCUCCUCCCCUUCAGUCUUGCACAGCUGUAUCGGCUCCUCCCCUUCAGUCUUGCACAGGUGUACUGGCUCCUCCCCUUCAGUCUUGCACAGGUGUAGCAGCUCCUCCCCUUCAGUCUUGCACAGGUGUAGCGGCUCCUCCCCCUCAGUCUUGCACAGGUGUAGCGGCUCCUCCCCCUCAGUCUUGCACAGGUGUACCGGCUCCUCCCCUUCAGUCUUGCACAGGUGUAGCGGCUCCUCCCCUUCAGUCUUGCACAGGGUGUAGCGGCUCCUCCCCUUCAGUCUUGCACAGAGUGUAGCGGCUCCUCCCCUUCAGUCUUGCACAGGUGUACCGGCUCCUCCCCUCCAGUCUUGCACAGGUUGUACCGGCUCCUCCCCUUCAGUCUUGCACAGGGUGUACCAGCUCCUCCCCCUCAGUCUAGCACAGGUGUACCGGCUCCUCC